AUGAGUACGUGCCCGGGCAUGGUACGCGCGUGCUCCAUCGCUCUGCGAGUGCACGGGGGAAGUGAGGAUCCAUUGGAGGAGAGCGGCAGUCACUUCCCCAUUGAUUAUCACGUUAGCGACUCCUCUGCCCUCUCCUCCGCCCUCGCCUCUCAGCUUUUUGUGGACGAGUGCUUCCUCCCCGCCUCUCCUUCCCGCUCGUCGCCUCGUCCUCCUCCUUGCACCCCGAACCGCACCUCUUCCCACCGCUCGUCCCACUGCUCCGGUACCUCCUUCCUGCAUCCACCCCCCUCGUUUGGGAUUGACAAGGUAGCGGGUGAGGUGGAAGGGGGGGGAAAGGGGAAAGAAAGGGAGGAAGAUGGGGGGGAGGGGGCGCAGGAGCGCGCAGCUGUGUUGAUGGCAACAGGGGGCUGUGGGCAGGAGCACAGGGCUGGAUCUAAGCGUUUUCAUGUGGCGCGGGGAGCAAUUGCGGGGUUCAAGCAUUCGCGAUUUCACUGGAUGCUGCAAGAACAGCCAUUUGCUUCAAGCGCAUGCCCUUCUGCCAUGACCAUGUGA